AAGACGACGCGGGGUUGGCAGCCGCGCUGACAGGCCAGCUAGAGCGGCGCAGGCCAGACCCUGCUGACCAAAGGGAACAUGUGAGCUCCCCCCAGGGACCAGCACGGAGCGGAGCGACCCGCGCAGCGCCGCCUCUCCUCCCUUCGCCAUGGGGCUCCCCCUGCUGCUGGGGCUGCUCUUCUCUCAAACCGGAGGCCUUCUUGUUCUAUCCAGUGAACAGCCAAACAGCUGCAUAACAGCAGAGAGUCUUUGUCUGGCUGACCCUGUCUGCAAUGCUACCUACCGGAUCCUAGAAAACUGUUCCCGUUCCUAUACUAAGAAUAGUUUCAUCAUUCUGGACCAUGAAGCCAGGAACAAAUGCCUGCAAGCAGAAACCUUGAUGAGAAACAGCCAUUUUCAGGAGUGCAAGUGUCAGCGCCGCACACAAAAGCAGGAGGAGCAGUGCCUCCGCGUCUACUGGACUGUUCAUUCAACUGUCUCAGAAGGUGACUUUAAUUUGGAGAUGUCUCCCUAUAAGAAUGUAGCAAGCGAAGAGUCCUUGAAGACCAACUACAACAAGCUGGCAACUCAGGUUUCAGGAUCUCAUCUGGCUGGGGACAGCACAAAUCUCUGCCUGCAGGUUGCUCAGAUUUGUAGCCUAAAUCGUAGAUGUGGACGCCUGCGCACAAUGUAUGUUUCUAACUGCAGCCCAAAGGAUGGGCACGCAUGUAAUCAAAACAAAUGUCAUCGAGAACUGAAGCACUUCUUUGGGAAAGUUGAAUUGGAUUUCACCAUGAGAUUCCUCUUUUGCCCUUGUCAAGAUGAGUUCUGCGGAGAGCGACGUCGGAAAACAAUUGUCCCAGAUUGCUCUUUCCAGAACAGUACUAAACCAAAUUGUCUUCUCCUUUUGGACACAUGCCUGAAAGAUUAUGUCUGCAAAUCUCGGUUGGCUGACUUCCAAGAACAAUGCAAGCCCUCAAGCACUUCCUCAUAUGGCUGCUCUCAGCACAACCAUGCUGCUUGCCUCGAGGCUUACAUGGGGAUGAUUGGGACACCCAUGACCCCCAAUUACAUUAGCAAUUCCACUGCUGACGUCACACUGUGGUGUUCCUGUGAGAACAGUGGCAACCACAAGGAGGAUUGUGAUGAAAUCCUAAGUUCAUUUUCCAACAACAGAUGUCUGAGAAGUGCAAUGCAGUCUCAAAUGGGCUUAAACCAGGUGAAUACAAAAGAUCUGAAGAAACUGCAAUUCAUACCUUCCCCAAACAUCCAGAGUGAUGGCACCAGCACAGUUCUCACUGCAAAAAUGUAUUGGGAAUCUGUGAAGAAGACACAGCCAGAGGUUCUUCUGCAAAAAAGACCGUUAGAUUCUCAUUCUGUAUAUGGAGAAGACCAACUUUCUUUGUUCACUUUGACCUUUGCGCUGCUUCUUCUGUUGCUCAGUUCACCUUAACCUAGUUCAAUUGGCUUUGUUCAUUCCAUGUAAUCCUCACUCAGAGAAGGGAAACAGGACAUUGUUUCAUGCCAAAGAGGAAGCACCAGUUUUGCAAGCCUUUUCCCAGCAUGAACCUUUCUGCCAGGACUCAACUGCUUCACUUACACAUAUGUGCCACAUAGGCAUGGAGCAUGGUUCUCUUUCCAGUGAUACCAAGGAAAACAGACAGACAGAUGGGAGUUUUUAGGGAACUGUUUUUUUUAAUGAGAAUUUUUUUGCUCGUUUCAAGAUGUUUUGGUUUUCAUUAAGGAGGAUGGGAAGGAAUCCAACAUAUCUCUAGUUUAGCAAGUGACAUGCUAUUUCUGGCUUUGGCAUUGCCUGAAAAUCAAGAUUGCCUGGAUUUCUGCUGUUUUCCAGGUCUUUGUAGACUUAUCCAAAAGCAUACAAAACAAAGCUGUCUUGAAGAAAGAAACAGUAAUGUUAAAUUGUGGUGCCUGUACUUGGGUUUUUCAGUCCAGUCUGUUACUACUGGUAAGAAGUGAACUAGACUGGGUUUCAUAGUAACAUAAUUCUUUGUCCAAUAUCAUAUGAGCUUUUCAAGGUUCUAUAGGAAUCAAUAUGCACGCUUACUGAGAUUUUACCUACGAAAGAUCACUGAGCUUACUGCACAUACAGGGUUGGAUCCAACUAGCUUCUCUGCUGGUGAGAAAGAAAGAAGAGGUCUCUUUUGACUAACGAUAAGGGCUGUACUGGGGAUCACAGGACCUGCUUGUACGAAAGCCAUAUGCAAUUGGGCUUUGGAAGGGAAAGAAAUGGGAUAUGAUUCAGUGAAAAAGUUGGCUGAAUCCAACCCCUUAUAUCAGCUUCUUUGAGCUACAGAGCAAGGACCUUCUCCAUUUGGAAUGAACUAGCAUUCCUGUUUAUGUCCUUAUGUCUGUUCUCUUGUCCAUUAGACUUUUAUCCAGGAUCUAAUAACAGUGGAUGUAAAAAAUUGUGUUGUACUGCUGUUCUUUGGUGCUGCAGUGUUGUGAUGUUCGUUUCCAGGUACAAGAUAAAAAGUUUACACCUCUUGCAUACGAUCAUUAUCUUGUCUGCUGCUGACUUGAAGUUUUCGAAGAGAUGGCAAGCUAACCUUAGCAACUUCUCUGUGGGUGUGGAAGAUGUAGCCAGUACUAUAUAUCACAUUUAUCUCUCAUUCCCCAAGGAAGAUAGAUUUGGAUAUGGUUUUUAAGUUUACAAAGUUGAAUGUCAUAUGUGCAAGAUCUGGGGUAUGGCCUAUCUUUAUAUAAACUCUUUUGGCAUUUUUUUUUGCCUUGAGUCCUGAGAUGCUCAGGCAGGUUUAUGAAUAUUUUAAAUACUUAAAUAAUUUCCUAAGUGACAAUAUAAUCUCUGCAAUCCAGCAUGCUCCUCUGGGAUAUGGGUUCUGCCUACUAAAGGGUCACUGCCCACUGCCUACUAGCAAGGACUCCACUUUAUCUCAGAGCCUCGCUACAAGUGACAUUUUACAGUGUGCUUUUUCUGUCAGUACUAAACAAUGGGGUACAAUUUGCACAGACUUGCCAAACCAUUCUGCUGUGGAACUGGAGUUUUGUUCUAUCUCCUUAAUAAAAGUAAUUACAAAAGGAUUGUUUCCAUCCUAUGAAAUUCUAUUUCAUGACUACAAAUACAUUCCUAAGCAGAGUGAUACUCUUAAGCCCAUUGAAGUCAAUAGGUUGAGGACUGCACUCUUGGAAGUAUGGUUUUCUUUUAAAAACUGAAGGUGAGGGUUUUGAGUUGUUAACUUCAUUGUUAAAAAUUUAUUUUUUAAAAAGACAGUCAGGUUGGCAGUGUUUUCCUUUUACUGGCACAGGAUAAGGAUUUGCUCAGGCAUUUGAAGUGUGGGAAUCCAAAUUUUGGAACACAGUUAGAUGCUAUAGAGCAGAACAGAUUGAAAAUGUUGUCAACAGGGACAAUUGUCUUCAGCACUUCACUAGAGCAGGCAAGUCCUGUAUGGAAAGUUAUCGAAAGAUGUAAAGUUAAUCUUCUUUUGUAGACAGGGCAAACAUGCUUCAUAAUAAAGUCUUCCAUACUAGUACUGUUAAGAAGAGUAGUUAUUUUAGGAUUCUAAGUAUAUGGUCCAGUCCACUGUAGGCACAAUUCCUGUUGAAUCCUUCAUCUGCUUGUAUGAAGUCAAGAAGCACUGGGGGGUGAGGUGCAUCCAAUUAAGAUGACUAUCAAUUGUGCAACAAGAUUUUUUAAUCUGGUGUAUUGCCAGCAUCACUGCAAGAUACUUAUAUUACGGUCAUUCCAAAACCAGGCAAAGACCACACUUAGUAUACAAAUUUUUGACCUAUUUCUUUGAUGAAUAUGGAUACAUUAACUGCCAUCUUGCUAACAGACUUCAAAAGGUUAUUAGAACUUUGGUGCAUGUAGAUCAGGUAGGAUUUAUACAAAGGAUCUGAUAAUUUUAGGUUAGUUGCUGAUCUGAUUGUAUUAAAUAGAAAGAGAUCUGAUUAAGUUGCUAUUCUUUCACUUGAGGCUGAAAAUGUUUUUGACAAAAUAUAUUGGAAAUUUAUUUUCUCUAUGUUGAUUAAGUUUGGCUUGCUUCAUGAAUUUUUGAAAUGAAUUAGAAUACUCUAUUCAUCCCCUAGAUCUAAGCGAGUGACUAAUGAUAUUUUUUUCUGUACGAUUUCCUCUUGAAAGAGGUACUAGGCAAGAUUGUCCUCUUCUCUCAUUUGUGAUUUAUGUUUGAAAUCUGUCAUGUAGUAUUAGACAAAGUAAUAAUAUGCAUGGCUUUAUACAUAAUUCUUUAGAAUUUAAAAUUACUUGAUAUGCAGAUGAUCUUUUAUUAUUUAUUUCAGAACCUCAGUCUCCCAUUCCUGAAUUAAUGAAUUUGUUUAAUAAUUUUGGUGAUAUGUCUAGUUAUUCAAUUAAUUGGACAAAAUCAGAAUUGAUGCCAUUAGGGGACAAUAUAUAAUUACUGAGGGACAUUUUCAAUGGUACCCAGAUGUUGUUAAUUAUCUUGGAAUAUUGAUUCCAAGGAAUAUUAAGAACAUGAUUUAGUUGAAUUUUAAUAAAUUAAUCUCGGAUAUAUCCUUGGAUUUGGAUAAAUGGGCAACUCUAAACCUAUCAUUAUGGGAUAAAGUAAAUGCACUCAAAAUGAAUAUUAUACCUCAAAUUAUAUAUGUUAUGCAUGCAAUCCCUUUUUAUAUACCUAGUAGAUAUAUUCAUAAAAUUAAUACUCUAUUUUGGAAAUUUAUGUGGGGUUCAACACCACCCAAGAUUUCUUUAAAGAGGAUGCAGCUUUCGAUUAAUGAAGGAGGAUUUGGUCUUCCGGGCCUUAGAACUUAUCAUCAGGCAUAUUCAUUAGCAUGUACAAAGAACUGGGAUCCCGCCCCUCACUUAGAGUAUCUGUCUUAGGCUCUUUUGGAGGCCUCUUUUUUGAAACCAUUUUUUAAGGGGAAUACAUUAGGGUCUACUUAUGUUAAAAUGGAUUUUCAUCCUCCAAUAAUCUCUGCACCUAGAGAAGUAUAGCACAUAAUAUGACAAUAUCAAGUUGACCUGUUCACACAUGCUAAACUAACAUUAUGGUUAAAUCCAGAUUUAAAAAUUGGAAAGAAAUCUUUCUUGGACAAUAAGGAAAUUUUUUACUUUAGAUCAUUUGAUAGGUAAUGAUGAGAUCUUGUCAUUUUUCCAAAUGAGGUCUAAAUGUGAUUUGCCAACUUUGGCUGAAUAGUACUGCUAAAAGGAGGGAAGCUGCGGAGUACUAAACCAAGAGGAUAAAGACAAAAACUCCUGCAGUAA